CUGAGUUAAGGGCUUCAUGCAAGGGAGUGCCACUGCCCAAUUGUUUCCGGCAGACAAGCGGCCCUAUGCUCGAUAUAUCACGAAGUACGACCCUACGAUGUUCUGGAGGACCCCCCAGAUGACCCAACAGUCUUGCACCCUCGAGCCUCGUCUGCAGUUAUGCGUCCAAUGCUGGCUGUAACCACAAGCCCGCCGCGAUGAGCACAUGCGAUGCGGCCCCGCCGCACUGCGCUGGGGGCGGGUCACGUCUCGUCACAAAUGCUCGCCAAUCUCAUCGUGGCUCACUCACACGUAUAAGACGCCCGGUUUCGCUCCAUGGCAUUUGCUUUUCUCCAUUCGUCGUCCUCGAUUGUGCUGUCUUGCUAGCCUUCUGUCUUCAAGAAGCUCACUUUACGUUCGAGCUCUAUCACACAGGCUAUAUCUUGCCCUAACAUAUUGUCGAUUAAUUCAAACAACUCUUCUAUACCUUACAACGAUGACGAGAACGAUGAACUACAGUGGGGUCAAUCCCCGCGUCAGAGGUCCGGGGCAGCUUGCACCCAUAAUUACACCUAGCCAGGCAGCUCCCACGCUGCCUAGCAUAAAUGAACUCCUGAAUCGAGUUCCCUCACAGCGGGUGAAGCAGGAGCGGUCCUCGUUACCAGGAUCUCCAAUCGCCACCGGCCUAAACGGGCUAUCCACGCCCUCUUCGACGUACGGGCAUAUGAAUGCUCAGGCGAGUUGCGUCGAGUGCGGGGCCUCAUUUCUUGCCUCGCUACUCCAAACGCGCUGCGAUCGUUGCAUUGCAGCCUCGCAAGCUUCAGACCAAACUUUGGACCACACUUUGGACCACACUUUGGACACCCACGCUUCACUACCAACCCCUCGCUCUUCAUCUGAUGAAGAGCCAGUAUUCUAUUGGCAACAAGCCGCCGCCCGCAGAGCGUCCGAUCCUGCCACUUUCCAGGAUCGUCGUUCCUCAUCCGUCCGUUCUUUCUGGUCCCCUCGAGUCGGCACGCCUUCGGACGGCAGAAGUAUCACGGACACCGGGAACCCCCGAAGAACGUCCAGGUUGCGGCAAAACCGGGUGGGCAAGGCGAAGCGGGAGGCAGAGUCUCGGUCGAAGCAGGGGGAGAAGCUGAAGAUGCUUGAGAAUCUUAUUCUGGCAAGCGAGUAUCGUUCACUGCUGACUGACACACCGGCGCUCAACUCUAGCAAUGCUCAAAAAAGCGGUUUGACUUACCGCAAGGAGGUCGUGUUGGAUGUGGCCAUCCAUGCUCUAGCCAGCCGUGACGAGAAGAUCCCCAGCACGACGAUGCUACUCGAGUUUGUCAGUAAAGCGAAAAGUCGCAUUUCGCCGGAGGCAUGGGUGGAAGCUGGUCUUUUGGAAGAUAUGAACAAACUUUGCGCUGUUUGUUCCCGGGAUGGUCGUUGGCACGAGCCAGCUGCGUUCUAUGUUCAAGGUCGUUCUUCGAAACUUUGAGGCCUUUCGAUCCGCUCACUCGUGCGCCUUUGGCUUGAAUAGCCUCUUGUCGUCUCCUUCUUCUCCUACCUCGCUCUCGUCAUUCCUUUCCCCCGCCAUUAAGGCGACGCCCUUCCUCUCGUGUGGGCCAUUAUGUAUUCGCGAGUUCCCUCUUUUAACGAAAAAGUUCGAUCAGUGGAUUCUCUUGCCGGCUUCCCUUGUUAAGCAAUCUAAGGGAAUCAAGGGUGGUCAUCUGUAUCCCCGGCUUAGGAUGGCUGUUAGGCCCUAGAUCGGCUUUGUGAGCGUAUGUCUGGAUAUCUUUCGGUUUAUGUUGCAGGCUUAGGGCUGGCCGAGUAGAUAACGGCCUCGGAUCGAGCUCAUAGAGAAACGGCCUCCACUGUACCUAGGUACCUACUAGGUGCACAUUUCGGUUUUAGUUAAUCUAAUCAUAUAAUUGGUAUCAAUGC